GUCCUUGCCGUUGCUCCGUCCACCACACGUGCUUCCGCUUAUUAUCCACUCCGCCAGCGAGCGACGACCUCUCUCUGCUCUCUCCCGAGAAAAUAUCCAUGGCUUCUUGCUCGCAGCUCGCGAGUUCCACGACCACCGUAUCCGCCCAAGGCCGAGCGCAGCGCCAGCAGCGUGGCCUCCUCCUUCCUCCUCUCCUGCCCAUCAGGUCGCCGUCCUCCCGCUCGCCCCUCAAGCUCGUCGCCGCCCCGCUGUCCCGCCGCGCAGACCGGGCGACGUCCGUCGCCGCCGGGGCCUCGCCGGAAAACGAGCGGGGCGUCGUGCCGUCGGAUGGGGACGACGACGGAGUCUCUCUGGGUACCAUGAAGUUGCCCCCCGACACCGAUAUCCCGAGGUUCGAGACCCUGCUUUUCCAGUGGGCGAACAGUCUCUGCCAAGGCGCAAAUUUGCCCCUCCCGAUGCCACUUAAGGUCGAUAAAAUUCCUGGAGGAGCAAGGCUAGGGUUCAUCACAAUUGGAGACGGGCAAACUGAGGUCCUUGUGUACAUAGAUUGCCUGGUUUCCCCACCGGCUGAUGGUUCAGCCCCGAUCUUCCAAGCUAUAAGGAAUGGACAGUUGAAGGAUCAAGCACCUCCUGGCGAGCCGAGGAUCAUGAGAAGUCUCCUUGCAGCCCUCAAGAAGUCGGUUGAAAUCGCCAGAUUAUGAACACUUCUAGUAUGAUUUUCAUCUGCAGGGUCAGAAGUUUGAGAUGCUUGAAUCAGCACGAGAAUGUAAUUGCAUCAUCAUCUGCAAUUUAUGCCUAUUCAUCCAUAUUUUCAGGGAUAUGCUGAAUAUAGCCAACUUAUAUGAGAAAUAUUAAUAUAUUCAUGUAGUUGGAGCUUAAAUUCAUAAAAUGUAAUCUGACUUUGUACAACUAGCAUUUUUUUCUCAGAAAAUCACAGCUAGGGCUUGAACA